CAAGAAAGGCUGCGCGACCCGCGAUGGACACCAGCUCCAGCGAUUCUGAUCAAUCCGAUAGCAGCUAUGGGAGCGAGGAUUGCGAGAGCACCAGGUAUGAGAGCGAGGAUUUCGAGACCGGCAGCGCCAGCGCGAGCAGCAGCGAUCAAGAAGAGAAAAAAUACGAGUGCCGUGAGUGUGGAAAGAAGCUGGGAAAGCCUUCCUUGCUCCGGCAGCACCUCCUCUGUCACUCGAACGAGAGGAAAUUUUGCUGCCCUGUCGAUUCUUGCGGCGCCAAAUACAAGUGGGAGAAUCACCUCAAGCGUCACAUAAAUGACAAACACGAUGGAAAGGUCCAUGCCUGCUCGCGGCCGGGAUGCAUUUUCACCACCAGGAUUUUACACGACUUAAAGCGACACACGAAGCUUCACGAAAAGAAAGGAACGCUCCAGCGCCACCGAGACAAAGGCUUGGAGGAAGCAAAGGAGCACGCUUGCAAGGAGGAGAAAUGUGGCAAAGCUUUCCGGUAUCCAUCACAGCUUCGGUAUCAUGAGGAGACAUGCCAUGGUGAGGCUUGUUUAUAUACUUCUUAGGUGAGCUUCGACGUCAACACCGGAUCUCGAUGGAACUCCGAAGUGGAAAAGCUACUCCAGAGUAGUAUUGAGGCGGGUGACUGCCUCAAGAAGUCCCGGAUAGGAGGUGAGAGCCAAUCCAGGGUUUUGGGAUGGGUGACCUCUCCGAUUUUUCUAGACUUGAUAUGCUCUCAGUAUGAGGUACUUGUAUAUUAUCGGUUCGGUCUAACCAUGUGUUCUUUUCUGCAGCAGGAGAAAUCUACGUUGAUAUAGUCUGUUCCGAGCCGGGUUGCAACGAGCGUUUUGAUCACCCUUCGGACUUGUCCGAGCACACAAGGAACGCUCACAAGUACG